AUGAAGUGUGAGCCGCAACUCCAGGAGCAACACGCAAUCGAAAUCCUUCUAAAGAGCAUCCAUGGUCCAGUGGGUUUCUUACUCAAGGGAUUCACCAUCAAGACAUUCGAGAAGUUGCUUAGUAAAGUUGGGAAUCUUCAAGAAGAAGCUAAGCAACUGAGGGUUUUUGAGAAAACUGGGAAGCUAGAGCCAUCGAAGACAUCUACGAAGAAAUUCAGGACUACUUUUGUUGUCCGUAUAGCUAGAGCCAUCGAAGACAUCUUAAUCACUAUUGUACUACUUUUGUUGUCGAAAGAGAUAUUAGUGAUAUCAAUGGAUUUGUCCGGAAAUCAGUUUAUUGGAAGUAUUCCGGAAAGCUUAGGGUCAUCAAAUUUACAACUUGUCUUGUUAAACGAUAAUGAGUUAGAAGGACAGGUUCCAGAAAAGCUAUAUUCAGUUGGUGUGCAUGGUGGAGUAAUUGAUCUCUCAGGGAACAAUGGAUUAUGCGGAGUACCUUCUUUGCCACCAUGCCCCUUCUUUUGGGAUAAAAAGAAGCUUUCUACAAGAGGAAAGAUUGCAAUUGCUCUAUCAUGUGGGGUUUUCAUGAGCAUUGUAUUGCUUGUAUAUGUGGCAUGCAUCAAACGGGGAAGGAAUGACUAUGAAUUUGGGCCACCUCAGGAUUUGCUUUCCUCAGCAAUGGCUUCCAAGCGAAACAAGUACCAAAGACAGAAAAUGCUUCUUGAGAUGGAAACUCAACACUCUGAUGGAUUUGUGCCCCGCCCGAAUCCCCACUGACAGUUUCCUGAACCAUUUUGCUGAAACAAUUUUCCUCAUUCUUUGAAACUUUAGCUUCUCAACUGCAAAUAACAAUCUGCUAUGAUUGAACUGAACCUGAAGAAUGGAAGCUCGGUUGCUCAACAAUGGUUUUUUUUUGGCUGAUACAGGUGAGCUUUUCCCUUUUUAUUUUUGUAUUACAUAAAUCUACUUGAGGAUUGUAGAAGUUAGGUUGCAUAUGUGUACUAUUAUAGGUGAAUUUCUCUAUUAGAACAGCAGAACCUUUAAGGUUAUUUGUACAUUUGUUAUCCUUGCUAGUUUGAUUAGU